CUGCGUCUUGAAAGCAAUGAGCUCGAGAGCCUGCCGGCGGGUCUGCUCAGCACCUGCACAAACCUGGAUGGUAUUGAGAUGAGUUACAACAGUCUCACAGUCUUGCCUCCAGCCGUGUUAAACCAGCAGCUUAAACUCGUGGAAUUUGCGGCCAGCAACAACUUUCUGACCGCCGUGCAUGCAGACCUCUUCGCACACAACACUCGGCUCGCAAGCCUCGACCUUUCCCACAACAAACUAGUCACGCUGCCUCCCGAGCUUUUGCAGCCCAUGUCGAACCUCUUGGAGUGCCUGCUCAACUCCAACAUGAUCACCUCAAUCCCCGUGGACUUUUUUGCCGGUCUCAGUCAGCUUUAUAAGAUCUAUCUCUACCACAAUGACCUGACAACCCUGCCCAAGGACAUUUUCAAGCCCUUACCAGCACUGCGCCUUCUAUCUUUGGCCCGCAACAAGCUGGCGAGUUUACCCACAGGACUCUUUAGCUCACAAACGCGGCUGGAGCUUCUGCAAUUGUCGUACAAU